AUGAGUAACUCGACGAGUACAACCUCAUCAGAUGGAUGUGUUUUAUGUCCUACUACGCCUGCAUGUCCUACUUGUGCAGACGAUGAAUAUUGUGUCAUGACAUCAAUAACAUGUGAUAAAUGUCCGACCACGUACUGUUCACCUCGAUCAUCGAGUCAGUUCAGUUCUUUGAACAACUCAACUAGUACCACCAGUAGUAAUAAUAGUUCGGGUAAUGAUGGGGGUACCAGUCACGUAACAAAGAUCGUAGUUGGUAGUGUCAUUGGUGGUAUUGCUGCUUUAUUAAUAUUAGUUACUGCUUUAGUAUACCAAUGGUACUGGAAACCUCGUAGAAAGCAUAAUCAACUGCAAUUAAAGGAUGAUAUGAAUAUGUUUGGUGAUCAUAAUGGGAUCGAUGAUGAGCUUGAUGGUGAAUUCACUGAUGAAGAUGAUGACGAGUAUAGUGACGAAGAUGAGGGAAGCAGAAAUAAUAACGAACGUAUGAAAGGUGGAAGAGGCAUUGCCUUAGACGACGAAGCACUUGAUGAAUUGACAAGUUUAAACGAUUACGGUUACAAGAGGAACGCAAACGUAAGUGGCCAUAAUCAUCGUCAUAACCGUAAUCAUCAAUCUCCAUUGGGAGUUGAUGAUAUAGUUCAAUUAAGAGACUUAAGCAACCAUAGCAGUUCAAACAAUCUACAAAGAAAUGCGAUUAAGAACAAAACACCUUGGAUUCCCUCCUCCUUGGAACAUCAAGGCUCCCAAGAGUCUCUACGUAGAUCGAUGCUAAUACCAGGGAACCGUACUAGCACUACUUCUACUAUCAGGACGAAUGCAUCCAAUGUGCUACCUAUUGCGUAUAUUCCUGGUGUCACAAGUGCAGGUCAUGGUGGUACUAUUGGAAGUGGAAAUAGUAAUAAUAAUAAUAAUAAUAAUAAUAAUAAUAACAAUGGUAACUCAAGACGCACGCCUACAUCAUUAAAUAGUAGCAAUAGUGGAUUACAUCGUCUAAAUAAACCUUCUCGUCACCAACUUGACAGUGGUAGUAGUUUGAAUGUUGUUGGUGACACUGGAUCCCAUAUCACAUUAGGAUCAUCUAUCUUAGGUGGAUUAGAUGAAGAUUUCGAUGAUAUGAGUAUCAAUAUAGAAUCAACACCACAAUUUUCAAUACAACAGCAGCAACAGCAACAUAUUGGUGAAUCUGCUACAACGACGAUGGAAUCUGCUGAACAAGAUAAUACAUUAGAUGAAGAGAUUGGUGACGAUAUGGAGAGUGCAAUGGAUUCAAGUCUAGGAACAAUCAAGAUAGGAUUAGGUAAUAAUCUAAUGACUGCAAUCAAGGCCAAACCAAAAUUGAUCCAAAUUAAUGAAGAAGAAGAUAGUAACAAGGAUAUCAUUGAUCAUAAUGAUCAAUAUGAAUUACAUGAGUACACUAAUAAUAACCAUGAUGAAGAUGAAGAUGAAGUUGACGAUGAUAAUGGGAGUUUCCUAUUAGAUGUUGAAAUGCCUCCAUCCUUACGCAAUGAAAAAAACCCACCUCAUUCAUCUCUUGAUCCAAGUCAAAACAAAAUAUCAUCAGCGUCAGCAUCAAUAAAGAAUAAUGAAGACUUUAAAAGUCCUUUUGAUGAUGCCUUUGAGAUAGACUCUGAAUAA